AUGAAGUACAUUCAUUCUCAGGAGCUCCUCGACAUCCCCGAGGGUGUCAAGGUCAGCAUCAAGACGAGAAUCGUCACCGUCGAGGGCCCCCGAGGAAAGCUCGUCAAGGAUCUCUCCCACUUGGCAGUCAACUUCGGUCAGCCCAAGAAGAACACCAUCUCUAUUGAGAUCCACCACGGCAACCGCAAGAAUGUCGCCACCCUCCGCACCGUCCGCUCCCUCAUCAACAACCUGAUCGUCGGCGUAACAAAGGGAUUCAAGUACAAGAUGCGUUACGUCUACGCCCAUUUUCCCAUCAACGUCAACCUCGAGAAGAACGCCGAGACUGGCCAGGUCGAGGUCGAGAUCCGCAACUUCGUCGGCGAGAAGGUCCUGCGAAAGGUUAUCAUGCAGGCCGGUGUUGAGGUUGUCAUCUCCGCCAACCAGAAGGAUGAGCUCGUCCUGAGCGGUAACUCCCUCGAGGCUGUGUCUCAGAGCGCUGCCGAUAUUCAGCAGAUCUGCAGGGUGCGAAACAAGGAUAUCCGAAAGUUCUUGGACGGUCUGUACGUUUCCGAGAAGGGCAACGUCGUUGAGGAAUAG